AUGAAGGCCUGGUUCGAGAUUAUCACAACCCCGACGGCCGAUACCCCCGGCACGGUCGUCGGCCUCCACUAUCCGGACAAGCGUUACUUGUUCGGUCAACUUGCAGAGGGUACACAGCGUGCGUGUACGGAGAGAUCUCAUAAGCUUGCUUCCAUUGCCGAUAUCUUCGUGACGGGUCGGACAGAAUGGGCCAAUACCGGAGGCAUGAUUGGUGUCAUCUUGACCCAAGCAGAUGCGUUGAAGUCUUCGAAUGAUGCGUUGGAGGAAGAGAAUAAGAAAAAGGCAGAGCGCAAGGCUGCAGGCAUGCAGGCCAAAAAUAAGAACAAACCCUCUGAUGGAACGGGUGAUAUGAGGAAACAGAAUGUGACUGUCCACGGAGCUACGAAUCUGAUGCACACGAUGGCUACGGCUCGGCGAUUUGUUUUCCGCACGGGCAUGCCUAUCUAUAUGAAAGAGUACGACUCGGCGACCAUUGCGAAGCAGAUUUCUUUCGACAAGGAGGAUCCCUUCGAGACACCCACUUUCAUUGAUACCAACAUCAAAGUUUGGGCACUUCCCCUCAAGCCUCAGCCGACUGAUGCUCAGAGAAUGACUCGCUCGCAAAGCCCGCGCAAGCGAAGCCUGGAUGAGUUCCAGGAGACCGACCAGCAGUUGGACGAGACUGCGCAAAAUCAGAUGCUGAGACAGUCUAUCGUUUCGGACAUGUUCGAUUCUGACUGGAAAAUGGAUGCGCUCAUUGAAACCCCCUUGGCGGAGGUGAAAAUGCCUGCAGCUCUCUUUGUACGCAACGCGGAGACCAAGGACAUUGAGCCAUACAAGGGUCCUCUCCCUGGUGACGACAACCCUUUGCCUGAUAUCAAGGUACUUGUCCGGAAGCCUUGGCCUGGUGCUACGGUCACGUCUCUGCCACCCACUACGCCUUCCAAGGAGGCCGUCUCUUACAUUAUUCGGAGUCACGAUAUCAGAGGCAAGUUUGAGACUGCUACGGCCAAGAGUCUGGGUGUUCCCCCAGGCCCGGACUUUGCUCGCCUGGCCAGGGAGAGACCAUUCAGACGCCAGAAGGCAAGACGGUGA